CGAAACAGCAAUGAGAAAUAUGACAGAUCGAAUCCUAAUGCUGAUCUACAUUAUGAACACAUUUAGCGUUAUAGGUUAUUACUGAUGAAUUUACAUCUAUCCAAACGUAUUCUUGAGGAUGGCAACGAAGAGUUGGGCGUCCGGCACACGUGUUGCCAAGAGUGACCACAGCAAACCUAAAGCUGGUGAACUGGCCUACCGCAAAGGAGACAUCCUUACUAUUGUGGAAACAGGAACGGGGAAAGGACAUUACAAGGCCAGACACAACACCACAGGAGAGGAAGGACUCGUCUCUGCCACCAACGUGCGAGAACGAGAGGCCAUUUGCGUCGACCCUAGUCUGAGUCUCAUGCCCUGGUUCCAUGGGAAGAUCUCAGGUCCUGAGGCGGUGUCCAAGCUGCUGCCUGUGGAGGAUGGCCUGUUCCUGGUGCGGGAGUCCAUCCGCCACCAUGGUGAUUACGUGCUCUGUGUCAGCUACUCCAGCCAGGUCAUCCACUACCGAGUCAUCUACCAGGACAGCAAACUGACCAUCGACAACACCCAGUACUUCUACAACCUCUUAGACAUGAUAGAGUUCUACUCCAAGAGCAAGGGAGCUAUUGUUACCAAACUUCUAAAGCCCAAAGAGAAGGAGGGCACCAAGUCAGCUGAGUUGGAGCUGUCUAAAACAGGAUGGCUGCUGGAUAUCAGGGAGCUGACCUUGGGAGGGAGUAUCGGGGAGGGGGAGUUUGGAGCGGUGUAUGAAGGAGACUACAUGGGCCAGAAGGUGGCAGUAAAGAACAUUAAAUGUGAUGUAACAGCACAGGCAUUCUUAGAAGAGACCACUGUUAUGACGAAACUGCAGCAUAAGAAUCUGGUGCGGUUGUUGGGGGUGAUCCUACACAAUGGACUGCACAUCGUCACAGAGCUCAUGGCCAAGGGUAAUCUGGAGAACUUCCUCCGGACAAGGGGCCGUUAUGUCAUCAGCACUGACCAGCUACUACGCUUUGCACUAGAUGUAUGUGAGGGUAUGGAGUACCUGGAGUCUAAGAGGUUGGUCCACAGAGACCUAGCAGCCCGUAACAUCCUGGUCUCCAACGAGGGCGUGGCCAAGGUCAGUGACUUUGGAUUGACCAAGUUGGACUGCAAGGCCUCAGACAACGCUAAACUACCAGUCAAAUGGACAGCCCCUGAAGCCCUGAAGAAAGAGAAAUUCUCCACGCGGUCAGACGUAUGGAGCUACGGUGUUCUCCUCUGGGAGACGUUCUCUUAUGGUCGACAACCCUACCCCGAGAUGUGUCUGAAGGAGGUGAAGGAGCUUGUGGAGCAGGGUUACCGUAUGGAGGCUCCAGAGGAGUGUCCCCCCGGUGUCUACGCCCUGAUGAGGUGCUGCUGGGAGGCUGAGCCCAGGAAGAGGCCCUCCUUCCAGAAACUACAGGAGAAGCUGGAGAGAGAGCUGACCAAACACAGCCCUGGCCCUGGCUGCUGAAAUCAAUUUAAUAAUCCUAUUCAAAUAAUUACUGUUCUUUUGUUGUGAGCUGCCUGGAGCAGGGACAGUAACCCGGGACAGGUGGCCCCAAGUGGUUACAGCUCGCUUCACAGCUUUCCCUGGAAACUCAAUGUAUUCUAGCAUCACACGGACAAAAGAGUAGCGGAUGAAGGAGUUUGCUUCUGCUGCGUGCGCGUGCGCACACACAUCCUGUAUUUGGCUACAGUGUAAAAUCAUGCAUCUUGAUUUGCUUAAAGAAAAAGCAUAUCGUUUUUAUGGCAAAAUUGUUUAAACGUAUGUUGAGUUUGUGCGAUGAAGGAUGCAGGAUAUUAUAAUAAGACAUAACCUGUAACAACAUGUUAUGGAUUUACUGUAAUGAAGAGUCCUUACACUUAUUUCUGUCUGUGGUAUUAGAGGGAGCAACUCAACUCGUCAUAUCUCCACACCCCAAUUCUGUUUCCUGAGCAACAUACUGUAUUAUUUGUGUUACCAAAAUGUGGCCAUUAUUUUAGCUUUCAUAAGAGACAGAGAGCGAAAAGGAUAGAGGGAGAGCGAGAUGCAAAGAGGGAAAAUGCUGAUCCGGGAUUAAAUCCCAGAUCAUCCGUAUCUGCUUGUUUCAGACUGUAAUUGUCCAGCAAUAUGCCCUGCGACUCGGAGCUUAAUAUGUGAAAUCUUGAAUGUUAUUGCUGAUAUUAGUGAGGAAUUACAAAGCCGACAGCAGUUUGUCUGUGUACAAGCUCUGAGGAGCUACAGGGGAUUGGGACGGAAUAUCCUAUUUUAUUUUCAGUUCAUUUGCCAUAAAUGUAGUAGGCCUAUACUCCCAUAAAACCAGUGACUCAGCAGGUCUUAGUCGAUCUAUCUGUGUAAAGGGAAUUUCUUUAUUCAAUCCUGUUCCUAAAAGCAAAGGGGUGCUCAGUUUGAACAGUAAUUGUUGGAUUUUGGACAAUGGACAUUUACAAAGAAGAGAAACAUGCUGCAUCUGGGGUUUACAAAAAACUUUUUUUUUUAAAUAAUGUAGAGCACAUAAGGGACUUAUCUCUAAAACAACCAAGGUUCCUCUGUCUUCAAGCAGCUAUGAUUUAACUCAACCCAGAUUAGAGAGGGGAGAGAUUUUUAUUUUAUUAUUGUUGUCACGUUACAACCCAAAUUAAAGAUGUCAUUAGUUU